UAACUGAAAUCUUGGACGUGCCUCUCGUCCCCACCACCACCAGUCGCCGGGAUGCGAAGCGGCCGUUGGUGGGGCGGCGGUGCGCACGCCCCAACCGUCAGGGUGCCCACUCCUCCUCUUCCUUUAAAGCUCGCCUCAUCCUCCUCUCCCUCUCCCCCAUAAACCCACGCCGCGAGCCGCGGAGACCCUCGCGAUGGCCACCAAUCGCCGCGGCGGCGGCAGGCUUCCUGGCAACGGCGAUUUCGCCGCAAUGGCUGCUCGUGGAAGAGGGGGUAGUUGGAUCAAGACACCAGGGCAAGCAGCUGGUCGGGGACAAAGGGCACCAGUGAGUUCCUCAUCAAAUGCUUCACCUGCUAUAGCACGGCAAGCUUGGAAUCGCAAUGAAGGUUCUUCAUGUCCUCCGUGGAACAACUCUACUGUACCUUCUGAUCGUAGGCCUACUGCCAGAGACAAUCCCAAGCCACCAUCACAAACAAAUUCAAGAGAACCAGAAAGGAAAGCAGUACCAAACUAUGUUGUGACUCCACCUCUGGCAAAUGGUUGGAAGUGGAGGUCUCGACCAUCUGGUCCGGAAAGCAACAAGGUCAAUGUUCCCUCAUCUAGUUUUGACCCUGAAAUUGACAGUUCUGAUGUUGAGGAUUCGUCAGACGAUGAUAUGAGUGAUGAGUAUGACUCUGAUGCAAGUGCAAAAAGUUUUAAGACCCGGAAAAUGAACAAGUGGUUCAAAAGCUUUUUUGAAGAGAUCAAUUCCUUAACUGUGGAACAAGUAAUUGAGCCGAAUAAGCAAUGGCAUUGUCCAGCAUGCAAAAACGGUCCUGGGGCAAUUGACUGGUUCAAAGGGCUACAAUCUUUGGUGACACAUGCUAGUACAAAGGGCUCUAGAAGGGUUAAACUCCACAGAGAAUUGGCAGCAUUGCUAGAAGAUGAGAUGUCCGGCAGGGGAACUACAAUGGUCCCAUCUGGCGAGCAGUUUGGGAAAUGGGCAGGGUUGAGAGGAGUCACUGAUCGUGAGAUAGUGUGGCCACCAAUGGUUAUUGUCAUGAACACCUUAUUGGAAAAAGAUGAUGCUGACAAGUGGAUAGGCAUGGGCAACCCAGAACUACUUGAUUAUUUCAGUGAAUAUGAUCCAACCAAAGCACGCCAUUCCUAUGGUCCAGGUGGGCACCGUGGCAUGAGUGUGCUAAUAUUUGAAAGCUCAGCUGUGGGUUAUAUGCAUGCAGAACAUCUGCACAAGCACUUCGUAAGUCAAAAUACAGACAGGGAUGCAUGGCAGAAAAAAAUGCCUCGAUUCUUACCAGGUGGCAAAAGGCAAUUAUAUGGUUUCUUAGCCAAAAAAGAAGAUAUGGAAGAUUUCAAUAAGCAUUGCCAGGGAAAGAGUCGUCUAAAAUAUGAUAUGAGGUCUCAUAAUGAGAUGGUAGUGCUACAAAUGAAACAAAUGAGCGAAGAAAAUCAGCAGCUGCAUUUGAUGAAGAACAGGAUGGUUAAGACAGAGCAAUACAAAAAAUCUGUAGAAGAAUCGUUUUGUGAUUUGGCCCAGAAAUAUCGAGAGAUUAUGGCAGAGAAAAAAGUCCUCAUUGAUAGAGUCGGAGAGAAGCACUCAGAUCAUGAGGAAGAGAUGCAUUCGCAGGAGAAAUUUUUCUUUGAUCAGAUAGAAAACAUUCAGAAGGCCAUGGAGGAGAAAGAAGCUGAAUUUGAUGAGUUACUGCAAGUGGAGAGUGCUAAAUUUGAGAAGUUGCUGCAGGAGGAGCGUGCUGAAUCUGAAAAGUUGCUUCAGGAGGAGCGUGCAAAGGCUAGACAAUGUGAUGUUGAUUCUGGGACUAGCGAAAACUGCAGGCUAAGGAAGGAACAAGCACAGCGUUUCAUAGAUUGCCAUGUCAAGGACGUGGAGGACUUCAAGGCUGAAAGAGAUGAACUGAUAAAAGCGCACGAGAAGAAGAAGGCGGAGCUCGAGAAGGAGCUCGAUGCUGCUCUCACGGCUCUGAUGGAGAAACACAAGCCAGACACCUUCCAGGCCUCCAACUCGUGAUGCUCAUAAAACCUGAACCCUAUAUGUAUGUCAAUGAUCAGGAGACCUGAACCAGUGGAGUGUUGAGUGUAUCGGUAGCAUUUGUUACCAUCAUCUAAUAAUUGCUUCGAAAUCCGUUUUUAAGCAUAUCCACUAUCCAGGUUC